AUGGCUGCCGGCGAGCGAGAAGAGCAAGAACAAAAACAGAGCUGUUGUGUACUCGUUGAGCAAAAGAUUAAGUUUUACAAAUGCAUCUGUAAUUAUGCAUCUGAAUUACGAGGUAAGCGCACUAAACAAAACGAAAAUCAUUGGUUUAAUCUGGAAUGCCAAGCUGCUAUUAACAAGCGAAGUUUAGCUAGACAAAAUAUGCUGCUGAAUCCAACAGAAGAGAACAUAAGUGAAUACUCUAAACUCAGAACCCUAGCAAACAAGGUGAUUAGACAUGAAUGGUCAUAUAAUAUCGGAACCAUCGUUCCGAUCGUAAACAAAUUUCAAGAAUUUUUUGAAGAACUGUUAAAUAACAAAAAUUCCCGCACUGGAAAUGAUAACAAUGGAAAGUACGAAGAAAUACUAUAUCACACAGCAGAACCUGAACUGCCAGCACCAAAUAUCGAGGAAAUUGAAAUUAUUAUUAAAUCACUAAAGAAUAAUAAAUCUCCAGGGGAAGAUAAUAUAAAUCCUGAACUACUAAAAAUUGCAGGAAAAGAAAUUUUAAUUAACAUACACCACAUUAUAGCAAAGAUAUGGAACAGCGAACAAGUAGAAGAGGAAUGGUUGUCAUCAGUUAUAUGCCCUAUUUUCAAGAAAGGGGAUCCAACUAAAGUUAGUAAUUAUCGAGGUAUAUCGCUUUUAGACACAGUGUGCAAGGUGCUCUCAAUAGCUAUCUUACGAAGAAUAGAAGCAAUAUUAAUAGGCAUUGUAGGAAAAAAUCAGUGUGGUUUCUCAAAAGGAAGAUCUACCAGUGACCACAUAUUCACGCUCAGACAAACAAUGGAAAAGUAUUAUGAGUACGACAAAGACCUACACAUGAUAUUUAUAGAUUUUAGACAUGCGUACGAUAGCAUGGACAGAGAACAGCUAUGGACAGUACUUCGAAAUUUUGGUUUGCCCAGGAAACUGAUAAACUUGGUUAAAGGUUGCAAUUCCAAUACUAAAUGCAAAGAACGUUUCAUGGGAAUGGAGUCAGGGAAUUUUGAAGUCAAGUCAGGCCAUCGCUUUGGAAAAAGUGGUUAG